UAUAUAUAGUGAAAAGAAAGAAAACAAAAAAAAAAACACUCCAUCCAGCUCUCCGCACCACCAUGUGAAGGUUGGUGUAGUGGGCAAAGAAGAGCUCUCUUUUUCGAAUCUCACGAGCAUUUUUCCUCAAUUCCCAGAAUCCGAGGAUUCAAAAACCAGAUUGCGUUUUUCCGAAAGUUCCAUACCAGAUUUGGCGGAGUCGGUGGCUCAUUACUCCAUAAGAGAAAGAACAAAAACUGCUGAUGUCAUCUUUUUCAAUGGGCUUCUUCUUCUUCUUCUUCUCUCCUUAAAAUCAGUGGUGGAGAUUUGGAGCUCGUUUGAAAGCAUGCAGAAUAGGCCAUAUCUCUCUUCUUUUUCUUGUUGAAACGGAUUCAUCAUCCUACGUUUGUGGGUUUUGUGAAGAAACAAAGCUUUUCUUUUCCGGGCUUGAUGGGUAAAGAGAAUCAGUUGGAGACAGCAAACUGUGGAGUCGAUGAUCACGAUUCUUCACCCGUCAAGAAGGAUGAACCAGCAGCUGAGGAAGCGCGCUACAGUACAGACAGUGACUCUGGUUUGCCAACUUGUCGUGUAUGCCAUUCUGUGGAAUCCGACAGAAGAGGAGACACAGCCUUGGGGUUUUUGGGGAUCACUCCUCCCAUUCCAGAAGCUCGCAAAAGCAAUGCAGAUGAAGUCAGCAAAGAUGCAGAGGCUGAGCAGAAGAGUUCCGUCGUCAAGAGCAACGGGGAAGUUUUCAUUUGCACAAGUGAUAUCGAAAUGGGGAUCCAGCAGCAUCAGGAUUCGUUGCUCGAGCUUGGAUGUUCGUGCAGAAACGAGCUUGCUCUGGUGCACUACGCUUGUGCACUCAAAUGGUUUCUCAACCAUGGAUCUACGGUGUGUGAAAUCUGUGGGAAUGCUGCGGAAAAUAUAAAAACUGCAGAUUUCAACAAAGUGGUUGUCGCCUUGAGAGAGAGAACAGCUGAUGGAGGAGAUGCAAACUAUGUAUUACCACCGGUGAAUACAGAAUCAACCAUAGAUGCAGAUGAAGCUGGUGCAAUUCGAAGGCAGCGACUUAGUGAGAUAUCAUCAUGGUUUGGCCCUCAUUCACUUAAUAAUCACAACAACAACAGUAGCUCUGUUCUGGCUUCUCAGGCAACGCCAGAACAAGCUUUAGGUGCUGUGAGCUUUGGGGUCUUGCCUACGGAAAACCGUGCAACUAAAUGGGCUGUGGAAGGUACUGGGAUUCUACUUGCUACCGGUUUACUCACUGUUACUUUGGUCUGGCUCAUUGCUCCUCGUGUUGGAAAGAAAACUGCUAGGAGCGGACUUCAUAUCCUGCUUGGUGGUCUAUGUGCUUUAACAAUAGUCAUCUUCUUCAGAUUCGUGGUGCUGACUAGAAUCAAGUAUGGUCCUGCACGCUACUGGGCAAUCUUAUUCAUCUUCUGGUUUCUUGUGUUUGGUAUUUGGGCUUCUCGUUCUUCUCACGGUGACUCUUGACCCAUCUUCACCAUCUCUCUGUCUGUCUCUCUCUCUCCCCUUUAGAGCUCUCCUCUAUUAUCACUCUUGUAAUCUUCUUUUGGAGAAAAAAUGUACAUUGUGUCAUCAAAGAAAAAUAAGCUUUAUGCUCAUUGAUUAUGAUGACUAUAUAUAUAUAUAUGAUUUAUAAUGGUCACU